AUGUCCCUACAAGUCAAUGACCCACGGUCGCGUACCCGGUCCAAAUCACCGGGUCGCAUCCGUGAGCGUCCGCGAUCGCGUGACAGUCGCAGCACCACUGUUGAUCUAGAGCCGCCGCGCUCAAGGCAACGCUCGCGAUCUCCAGCGGUGGAGAUGGCGCCCAAGUCGUCUUCGUCGCGGGACUAUGAGCUGCCUCGUUCACGCUCACCUGCGGUUGAACUCGCGCCCAGGUCGUCGAAAGCUCCAAAGUCUUCACGAGAUUUCGACUCCGAAGAGGAGGCGGAGAUUGAUCGCCGCUACAAAUUGAUGAAGGAGGAACGACUGCGCGACUCGGACUCGGAAAGAACCAGGGAUGGGUCUCGGGUGCCUCGAACGACUGAGAUGAGCCGGUAUGAUGUGGAGAGAUCGGACUCCGAGGAUAGUCGGAGGCGACUUGCCGACCAGCGAGAGCGGCGUCGGCGGGAGGAUGCUCGAUACGAGCAUUCAGACGAAGACAGGGAUGUCAAGCCGAUUCGGCCGAGGGUUGAUCGCGACCCCAGGGGAUCUAAGGAUUCAGUCAGGGGUUCUAGGGACUUUGCGGAUCCAAGAAGUUCCCGAGACUCUCUUAAGGAGCCCCGAGCCUACACAGACCCGAGGAGCUCGAAAGAGUCCUUCAGAGGAUCGGACCCGAGAGGGUCUCGAGACUCCCUUCAACGAGAGACCUUGAGAGAGCCGCGCGAUUAUGCUGCCCGAACACACGACACUCGAGCCACAUCCCCGUUGAGCCGCGAUUCUCGGCUAGAUGAUAUCCACGAUGAUUCGGAUGACGGGCUGGCCUACGGGGACAACUCGGGCGAUCAUGCUAGAUACGCGCGACCAGGCACAUAUCAAUACGCACAGAUGGGGGCGCCCGACCACCGCGAUAAACCUGACGCAAGGUCCGUGGACUGGGCCUCAGUUCCCGAAUGCGAGCGCCCUGGUUUUGUCCCCCCAGCAUCGCACCCUUCGUCACAGGCUGGAUUGUUGUCGGCCAUGCCCGGUGGAUUCCCAUCAUCCUCGUCUUACGCCGAGGCACCUGCGACCCCCGUUUCCUCGCAGCUCCCGUAUGGUCAGGUAUCUUCUGGUCCUUACGCGCCAUCGCACUAUCGCACUGCUGCUUCUUCCUCCACGACGGAUGCUUCUCAUUCCGGGUACUAUGCUCAACCGGCCCAAUAUCAAUAUGCUCAGGUUGAUCCAAAUGUUCGAUAUACCUCCAAAGCAACUCCUGUUCAGCCCUACACGGCCUCCACGGUGGAACAAACUGGCACCCGCAAUUCCCAAUCGGCUUUGCCAUAUAGAUAUAGCAGUGAACCUCAAUUCAGUAUGAAAAACCCGCAGCCGCAACUGCAACCGAUGCCGCAACCACCGCCACCACCACCACCAACCCAGGAACCGCUCUAUCAGUAUCAAGAACUGCCUUCUCCAGUCCAGUACGGACACGGCCAUGGGUCGGGAUCGGUGUCACAGCAACCAUCUGCACCCCGGCAAUUUAUCGAGAUCACGCCUGGCGGAGGUCGAGGUCGACCGCAUAGCGCAUCAGUAUCUUCGGCCAACAACCUUGCGGUCGUGGGCGGCCAGAGUUUGGGUGCCGGUCAUCCUCCAGCGAGUCCUCUCCUUGAAGCUUAUCGUGGAACGUAUCAGUCCAUCUCGCCGAUGCCGUCUCCGAUAGUCAUGCCGGCACGAGACGACGACCUCUCGGACAUUGAGCCUCUGGAUGGCGGCGGGUCAUCAAACUCUGAAUCCGGACGCCGCAAGAGACACAGUCGAUCGAAGUCAUCGAUCAGCGAAAGGGACAUGCGUUACUCAGAUAGCAGGGACAAGAGCAAGGAGAAAGAAAAAGACCGCAAAGACGAGAAGCGCCAUCAUCGGCACACCUCUAGCGUUUCUCAUGACCGAGACCAUGAGCGCGAUCGAAUGGUAGUGAUCGCGCCUGGUAGUUCUCGCAGCAAGCGUGUCUCGUUCUAUGAUGCCGCCGCCGACGCGCAUGAAAUGCAAAACGCAUUGAAUCAUCGCACCAUCGACAACAAGACCAUCAUUCAGGUCCUCCCUCGACUGAGAAGCGACGAAAUCCUCACUCUCCGGGCCGAAUACAAGAACCGCGUAAAGAUGCACGGUAAGGGCAUCAACCUCGCCAAACACCUCCGUCUGAAGCUGGGUAACUCUUCGUUUGGCAAAGUCGCCUAUGCGACAGCCCUGGGACGCUGGGAAUCCGAAGCCUACUGGGCGAACUGCUACUACCAGGCCGGCACUUCUCGACGCGAACUCCUGAUCGAGUCCCUAAUUGGGCGCUCCAAUGCUGCCAUCCGGGAGAUCAAGGCCUCCUUCCGGGAUCCCCGCUACGAUAAUAGUUUGGAGCGAUGCAUGCGCGCCGAGCUGAAAGCGGACAAAUUCCGCACGGCCGUGCUUCUGGCGUUGGAGGAGCGUCGGCAGGAAGAGCGGGAACCGCUUGAUGACCGAUUGAUUCGGCAGGAUGUGCAGGAUCUACAUCGAGCGCUGGUUUCUCGCGAGGGAGGCGAAACGGCCAUGAUCAAUGUGAUCGUCACGCGAAGUGAUACCCAUUUACGAGAGAUGCUGCGCGAGUACGAAGCAGUCUACCGGACGAACUUUGCCAGGGCAAUGAUCGCCAAGUCGAGGAAUUUGGUGGGAGAAACCCUCGCUCACAUCCUCAACGGCGCAAUCAAUCGACCCAUGCGCGACGCUCUCCUUCUCCACCAAGCUGUUCGAGAAAGCCGCACUGGUCGCGAACGCUCCGAGCUGCUAAUCUCUCGAUUGGUACGAUUACACUGGGAGCCCCGACACCUGGAGCAGGUCAAGGCGGAGUACCGGCGACGAUACAACGAGCGAAUAGAAGAGGCGAUUGCGGAGGAAGUCAUGAGCUCGGCGACGGCUAGUGAUUGGGGAGAGUUUUGUAUUGAAUUGGCGAGGAGCUCUUCGGGAUGA